GCGUUCUGACCACCCGGAACUCGCGAAGCGGUAGAAGUGGCCGGCAGAAGAAGCAGGGAGAGGCGCCUUGCUUCCCUCGAUAGCCGGAUAUAUUUUCCAUCAUGGUGGGUGAAAAGAGGAAUGGAAAUCUUGGGUCAAAACUACAAGCUUAUGCGGAGGAGCUAAUCCGCCAACGUCGUGGACACGAUGGACAUACUGAAUACCUGAUUCGCUGGAGCAUCCUGAGUUUAGAUGACAACGUAGAAAAUGCCACCCAGGCUGCUUCAACCGAGAACAAAAUGGAUAACAUUCUUAUGUGGAUGUCAGCAGAAGAAGUUUAUGCUAAUUGUCCCACACUAUUGGGCAAGAGGAAGCCUGAGGGGCAGCGAGUAAAAGAAGAGAAAUCACCUAGCACAUUCCCAUCUGAUGUCACAGUGGAUGAAGCUUCCUUACAUGAAAUGAAGGCUGACGUCAGGAACCUGGUACAGCGUGCUAAUCGACAGAUGGCCAGGACAAGUGGUCCAGAGUCCUCCAUCCUUAAUACUGUCCAUGUGCUCAGUGCUUAUGCCAGCAUUGGCUCAUUGACAGGUGUCUUUAAGGAAACAGGUGCUUUAGACCUGCUGAUGAAGAUGUUAUGUAAUGAGGAGAAGCAAAUUCGUCGUAGUGCUGGCAAGAUGCUGAGAGCUUUGGCUUCUCAUGAUGCAGGUAGCCGAGCUUAUGUUCUUUUGUCCCUGAGCCAGCAAGAUGGCAUUGAACAGCACAUGGAUUUUGACAGUCGUUAUACUCUCUUGGAGCUUUUUGCUGAGACUACAUCCUCUGAAGAGCACUGUAUGUCCUUUGAAGGGAUUCAUCUUCCUCAGAUUCCGGGGAAGCUGCUGUUUUCUCUAGUGAAGCGUUACCUAUGUGUCACUUCCCUCAUGGACAAGUUAAACAGUACCACAGAACUGGGAGGGGAUCAUCAGGACUCUUCAGCACCCAGUUCAAGCUUUGGGGAAAAAAGCCGGGUACAGCGAGAAUUUGAUUUCAGCAUGGCCAUGGCUAACUUGAUUUCAGAGCUAGUCCGGGUCAUGGGCUGGGAUCGCAGCCACGAAAGGGAACUUCUGUCUCUGACGAAUGCCCAGCCUCGAAUUAUUCGAUCCAUAUUCCAGCCCAAGGGUUCCACUUGUACUGCUGUUCAGGUGCCUUUAGUAACUUCCAACCCUUCACCAAGAAAAAAGCAAGGACAACCAUUUUUGACUCUGUCAGAUUUUUCCAGUCGCAGCAGCUAUGUUGAGUAUGUGCAGGAGAAUCUCAAGCCAGGAAUGACUGUGCGGAUGUUGGAAGAAUACGAGGAGAUUGAUGCUGGGGAUGAGGGUGAAUUUCGUCAGAGCAACAGUGGAAUGCCUCCUGUGCAGGUUUUGUGGCAAUCUACUGGCCAGACUUAUUGGGUGCACUGGCACAUGAUAGAAAUUAUUGGCUCUGGGGAGCAAAAUGAAGAGAAUGCAGCACAUGAAAAAGUAUCUAGUUUAACAGAGAACCUGAAACUACCCACAGCUACUCAGACAUUUUACUGCAAACCUCUUGGAGGACUUUACUGCCUGCCAUACUUAGUGGAUCAGUUAUAUGAGAGUUCUGGAAUGUUGAGCCGGGCUGAAUGGUGGGAACUACUUUUUUUCAUUAAAAAGCUAGAGCAACAUGAACAACAGGAAAUUAUUCGGUUCAUUCAGGAGAAUCAUGAGGAACAGCUGUCGGAACUAGAUGAGGAGGGCCUGAUUCAGCUGUCAAUAUCAGUAGAAUUGGCUCGGAAACUCUUGCCGCUUUUGAGCAAGUACUGUCAAGGCUGCACCCAAAAUGACCUCCAGAAUUCCCACAUUUAUCUCAAAUACACCUUCAGCAAGGGAAGUUCAGAAGAAGGUUGCCAAAAUAUGGACAUAACCUCUGCAAAAGAUAGUGGCUUUUCUGAAGCCAUGGCUUCCCAAAAACCAAAGGAGUCCAUUUCUGCUGAAAUGUCUUCUCCAGUGCUGUCCACAACAGAGAAGACUGAUACACAGUUAUUUAAUAAACUUCUUCACGUAGAAGGACUUUACUCUCCAGAAAUACCAGAUGAAAAAGCCAAAGCUUACUUCAGUGGGAAAGUGUCAGGAAAGAGGAACUCCCUGGAGAAGCUUGCAGAUAUUGUAGACAUAAUACAGAAAUCUAGUUCUGAGGUUGCACUACAGGUGGCUGGACUCAGAUUCAUAAUCAAGAUCUUAGAAGAUGAACCUGGUCAAGAAAGACAAAUUAUUAAAGUAGAAAGUGGACCCUCAAUCAGAGAGAAGAUGGUGAAGAUGCUGGUGGAGCUGCUCAGCAACCAGCUGAAGGAGAAAUUGUUGAUGGUGACAGCAUUAAGACUGCUUUAUGUGUUAAUGGCAAAGUAUGAUUGGCGAAUCCUUUUUGCUACAGAAGGUGGGGUACGUGCUGUGCUGGGCUGUAUGCAGGAAUAUUCCCCUUCUGCAUUGGUACAGCAGGCUGGCUUGGCAGCAUUGAAAGUAUUGGUGGGUGCUGGGAACUGUGAGCUACUUGGUACCAGUGGGAAAUCAUACCCUCUGAAUCAUUCAGAUGCUCAGAUGAUGCGGGAAAUUUUUGCCAGCAUUGGUUCUGCUUCCAGCAAAGAAUCUGACAAUUUACUAUGUGUAAUUUGUAUUGCUAUUGAGAAGAUGUUGGCUACACCUGGAGCCUCGUCAGCAGUGCAGAAUGGGCUGUUGGUAUUAAACAUGCUGAUCAACAAUCAUAAGGGCCUGGCAGAACAGUUGGGAAGCUGUGACCUCCGUUCGGUCCUGCAGAGUUGUUGUCAAACAGGCCAGAGCUCCAGUGAGAUGCUAGCUCGAAUAGUGCUCAAUCGUUUGGCUGAGCAUAAAUUGCCAUUGAGCCAGGAGAAUGCAGAAUCUGAAACUUCCUUUGAGUUCAAAGAUAUGGAUGUACCAACCCUACUGAAAAACCUGCAUGAAACCAGCUUUUCAAAAGAUGUAGUGCUAGCACUGGAGCACUGCCUUUGUGACGAGGGUGUUUACCCUGAGAGAAAUGUAACAGACAUUUUGCCAGAUCAUGAGCAUUUCUUGCUGCUGUUGAAGACCCUAGAACAGUUGGGAGCUGAAAAGACUGUCCAGAUGGCCAUGAUGAGGAUUUUGAAUAAGUUUUUGGAUAUUUCCCAAGAGGAUGCAUUGCCCUGGCAUGAGUGCAUUGAGCCUUGUCUGUCCUCAAUGAGUACCCACAAUAGUGAACGAGAGGUUGUGCAGGAGUUCAUCCGUUUCCUGCAUCGUUUAGCUACCACCAACAAAGAUUGUGCGGUUGUGAUGUGCCGUGUAGGCACAAAGGAAGCUCUGACCAAAGCUAUGGACAAGCACAACUCCAACUUGUUAUUGGUGACAGAGUUGCGGGACCUUGUGACUGACUGUGAGAAAUAUGCUAGCCUUUAUAAGAAGAUGACAACCAGUAUCCUGGCUGGAUGCAUUCAGAUGGUUCUAGGACAGAUAGAGGAACAUAGACGAAGCCACCAACCUAUUAAUAUUCCCUUUUUUGAUGUUUUUUUGCGCAACCUUUGCCAAGGUUCUAAUGUAGAGGUGAAGGAAGACAAGUGUUGGGAAAGGAUAGAAGUUUCUUCUAAUCCACAUAGAGCCAAUAAACUGAUUGACAAAAAUCCAAAGACUUAUUGGGAAUCUAAUGGUAGCACAGGUUCCCAUUACAUCAAUGUAUAUAUGCAUCGUGGAGUGGUAGUCAGGCAGAUGACUUUAAUAGUAGCUAGUGAGGAUUCCAGCUACAUGCCAGCUCGGAUUGUCGUGAUGGGAGGAGAGAACACAUCUAGCAUCACUAGUGAGCUCAAUACUGUGAAUGUCCUACCUACAGCCAAUAGGGUAGUUCUUCUGGAGAAUAUGGGCCGCUUCUGGCCAAUUAUACAGAUCAAAAUUAAGCGCUGUCAACAGGGUGGCAUUGACACACGUGUGCGUGGCAUUGAGGUGCUAGGUCCCAAGCCCACCUUCUGGCCCAUCUUCAAAGAGCAGCUGUGCCGGCGUACAUAUCUCUUCUAUACCACCAAGGCACACACAUGGUGCCAGGAAAUCUUAGAAGAUCGAAUGCAGCUGCUGCAACUUUUCAACAGAUUGAACAGUGCCUUGCGCCAUGAGCAAGUAUUUGCCAAUCGCUUCCUUCCUGAUGAUGAGGCUGCCCAGGCUCUAGGCAAAACCUGUUGGGAGGCUCUGAUUACUCCCUUGGUGCAGAGUAUCACCUCUCCAGACUCUAGUGGCAUAAGCCCCAUGUCAUGGUUACUAACUCAAUACUUGGAAAAUCUGGAUGCAGCCAAGAAUUCCAGGAGCCGAGCUUCCAUCUUUAAUUCCCGUGUUCGGCGCCUUAGCCACUUGCUAGUGCACGUGGAUUCUUCUGGCCCUGAACUUGAGGAGCUGAAACCUCCUGUUAAAACCAAUGGGAAGAAUGGUAAGAACAAGGAAUCAAGCUCAGGAGUUAUCAAGCCAGCAGUGAAUAAACCCUGUGGGAUGACAGGCAUCACACAAUGCUGGAAAGAUGUAGUACAGCAGCAGGUGAAAUGUUUCUUGGAGUCCUCCUGGCAGGCCACUGAUUUUGUGGAACAAUAUUGCAGAACCUACCAGCGUCUCCGGACUGCCAUGGAGGAGCUUUUUGGACAACAGAUUUCCUUCAUGCUGGCCUUAUGCCAUGGUUUCUCUGGAGGCUUGUUACAGCUCUCUUUCCUGACAGCAAUGCAUGUAAGUGAGCAGUUUGCCCGUUACAUUGACCGGUGGAUCCAACAGAGCUGGGCAGAUUCGGGUAACGUGGAGACUUUUCAGUGCCUACAGCAGAGCCUGGAACCCGUCCUCUUCCUAGCAGAUCUGGAGUUGGCCAACACUUUUGAGCGAUUCUACCGGUGAGGCUUUUGUGGAGAGGAAGAAGGAAGGGAAAGAUGAAUGUACUACUUUUACUAACAGAGUAGACAGGUCUCAGGUAGGAAGCUUUUUGGCAGUAAUGAUAAAGCAUCUUGCUGCUCCUUCAAUCUGGAUGAAGAUGUCUUCAAGGACAUAAAUAUAGCUCUGUUUUAACGAAUUGAGGUACAAGCA